AUGAACGCGUCGGAGACCUGUUGUUCAACGAACUGUCAGUCGCCCGGUACAAUGCCCAGCAGUAACAACGAGUAUUUCUGGACUUGCUGCCUGGUCGUCAGUCGCCGACUGAGGGGGGGUGGUAAGAGUCCCGCCGAGGUGGUCCGUCAUGUGAGCAACGACGACGUCCUCCGGUUCUUGGUUCCGGACUGCAGGUAUGUCGGGGCCGGCCGAGCGAACAAGUCAGAACACCACCCGGGGGGUAGACGAGAGGCCCAAGAUGUACAGGACGUAAGCAAGCAGUUGACGCGAAGGACGCAGUGCGUACGUUUUUCCGGUCUAGCGCAGAGCCGACGGGGCGGAUUUGGCCACACCCACAUCCCACGUUGUUCCAUGCUUUGCACCCAGCAGGCUGGAGCAGGGCGAGGGUGUAAGUCCAUAGGGCUGAAGGAUGCUGAGGCUUUGUCAACCGUUGAACGACGACGUUGUACAAACUCUAUGGAGUGCUGGAUCGUGGCCGAGAACGAUCUCUUGCAUUUACGGCGUUUCAGUCUCAAUCAGCCUGGUGGAUCAUGA